AUGUCGGGUGCUGUUGGCCGAGAGCCAGUCUUUCCGACUCGCCAGUCGCUGGGGUUGAUGAAAGCCAAGUUGAAGGGGGCGGAGGUCGGCCACAGCUUGCUAAAGCGGAAAAGUGAAGCACUGACAAAACGUUUCCGAGAGAUCACACGCCGCAUUGAUGAAGCCAAACAAAAGAUGGGACGGGUCAUGCAAAUUGCAGCCUUUUCCCUAGCCGAAGUUAGCUACGCUGUUGGUGGAGAUAUCGGUUACCAGAUCCAGGAAUCGGCCAAGCAAGCUCGCUUCCGUGUACGGGCGAAGAACGAGAACGUCUCGGGUGUUUACCUUCCUCAAUUUGAGAGCUACACGGAAGAAGGUGUUAACGACUUUGGCCUGACCGGUCUUGGUAAGGGUGGUCAGCAAAUUCAACGCUGCCGGGAGACAUACGCGCGGGCCGUGGAGACAUUGGUGGAGUUGGCCAGUCUACAGACUGCCUUCUUGAUUCUUGAUGAGGUUAUCAAGGUCGUCAAUCGUCGAGUCAACGCUAUCGAGCAUGUUAUCAUUCCUCGAACAGAGAACACCAUCAAAUACAUCAACUCCGAGCUUGACGAGCUUGACCGAGAAGAAUUCUACCGUUUGAAGAAGGUCUCAAACAAGAAACAGAGAGAUAACGCCGCUGCAGAUGCGGAAAUUCUAGCUGCCAGAGAAAGGGCGGCCGAGAAGGCAGCACAAAACGGAACGCCGCCAGUUGCAGAAUCCAAGGAGCCUGAGCCUGAGACGACUGAUGUUCUUGGCGAGCAGGAAGACAAUGAUGUUAUUUUCUAG